AUGAAACAUCUCAAAGAUACUCUCAUUAAUAAUAGAAAUAAAGAUGUCAAAGUAUCUUCCAAAAAAGAAAAGAUAGAUGAUAACAAUUCAUUGUUGUCAUCAUUUUCUUCAUCCUUUUCAUCUUCAAUUUCUUUUACUUGUGAUACUGUAAAGGAAAUAUUUAACAAAGAAAAGUAUAAAUCAUUUGGUAAACGUUUUUCUAUUAAAGAAAAAAAACCUAAGAAAAAAUUAUCUUUAACACCAGAAGAUUUUUUUAAAGAUAUUUUUUUGAAAAAUUCUAUGGUAAAUGACUAUUGUCAGGCUAAAGAAAAUAAACAAUCAAGAAUGUUUAAAAAUAUGAAAUUACUUGGUAUAUUUAGGCGUAAUAAAUUACCAGAUAAUCAACAGAUAAAAGAAAUUAGUAAAGAAGAGAAACGUUUAAAUUUUAUUGAAGAUUCAAAAAUUAUUGGAGAUAAAUUAAUUGGUAAAAACCAAAGUAAGAGAAAUGUUGAUAAGGAGUUUGAAAAAUAUUGUGGUAAUAUUACUUUACGAAAAUCUAAUGAAAUAGGAGAAUUUGAUGAUGUAUCUAUCAAAGAGGUACUCUCACCACAAGAAACACCACGUAGUCGACGUAGAAAGAAUGAAUUUUACUACAAAAAUGAUUCAGUACAGUUAAAAGAUGUACCAUUUAUACAAAGUUGUAGGUAUGAUAUGCGGUCAUCAAUAAAUAAUCAACUUUUAUAUACAAAAGCAAAAUACAAAAGACCAAGCAGAAGUAUGUCAACAGGAAAUUGGAAAUCUUUAUCUACAAUUCAUGAAGAUUAUGAACAAGUAUUAAUGAGACAUCCAACAUCAGAUGAGGAGGAUGAUUCUGAUUCUGAUUACUUUGAUGAUUACAUUGAAUUAGGAGGAUCUCAAAUUCACUACUUUGACAUGCUAUAA